CCUUGCUCACAUCAAGUCACCUUGGACAAGCUCGGUGUGCUGCCAACCACGCUCGUUUGUCACUAUUCAUAUUUCGAAGCUCCAAACCCUCCUUUUACCGCCAGCUUCGGUAGUGGCCUCACGGUUGAAAUGGCUUCCAACAGCUCAAAAAACCAUGCCUUACCCCCUGGUCGACGGCGGGUCGAAUGUACUCACCCGAAAUGCGGAAAGUACGGCCACUUCACCAGCCAGUGCUGGGUUGCCCACCCCAAGCUACGACCUCGUGGCAAGGCCAACGUGGAUAAGUGUGGAACUGGUCGAGGAUGGGACGCGCCAAGUGAUAAAUCAAACGAAGUCGCGAAUGAGAAUCCCAGCUGGCUCGAUGACUGGACGGAAAUGAGCGAUGCCUUGGCUCCACGAAGCUCGUCCUGUGCACAUGGCCUUUCCCCUUUAUUCAAGUUCCCACAAGAAAUCCAGGCAAAGAUCUACGAACAUGUCUACGAAGAGAAGCAUGGAGUAAGAGUACGGAUGUCUCUGCAGGCGGCGUCGCGCUGGGAGUCGUGUUAUUACGAUGGAACAAUGGGAGGUUCUGAAGUGGUAGUUCGGGGAUACGACUACGGUGGUCUCGCGCUGGUGUGCAAGAAAGUUCGCAAGGAUUCACAACAUGCAAGAGAGCAAGCAUUCAACGGCCGCAUGAGGAUCGUCUGGGAUGAGGACAAUUAUGGGCUUGCUUUCACAAAGAUCUGUGGACCAGGUUGGGAACACCUCCGAAAUCGAGUGACAGAGCUCGCAAUCAGCGGCCUGACCGGUCGAACUACCGGUGACCUGUUCGACACAGUCUGGGGCAUGAUCCCAACACAUUUCCCGCGAGUCACCGAGAUCAACAUUCAAUACAACAUUUACCGGUACAGGCUCGCGGAUGCAGACAAUCCAUACCUUUUAACCUCCGACUGGUUGAGGAUCAACGAUGAAUCCUACCCAGAGGAAUUUGACGCAGGCCGGAGGGAUAGCGAUUUCACAAACCCUACCGGGGUCCUGAACGUACGCAACCUAGUCCACUCCAUGGAGCAAGCUUCUCGUCCCUGUACGAUCUUCUUGAAAAUCACCAAGAACUGGUUGAAACACCGCCAAUGUUGCGAUUUCCAGCAGUCCAUCAAAUUUCUUGUCAUGGCUGAUCGUCUGGAAGCUGUUGAGAGAGUUUUUGGUAGAAGUUUAUGA